AUGCUUAGUCGUCAUAUUGUACAAUUAAGAGUCAUACAACCUAGACUGCUAGUAUCUUUAAUGUUCGGAACUCAUUCCAAAACAUGCCCUGCCAAUAAACCUAAGGUAUGUCCUGGUGCCGGCGGCCUCAAGAAGAAGGGACAGAAGGGUAUAAAAGGCAUAAAGGGUGGCGGUGUUUGUGAUGGCCUCAAACGUGGCUCCGUCUCCGGAGGCGCUGAAGGCGAAUCAACCACAGGAAUAAAACGAGCUCUGAAACCUGGAAAAUGUCGCAUGGGGCUCAUACCAGAGGAAUGGUUCCUUUUCUUUAAACCAAUGACUGGUGUUUCUGGUCCCUACAUUUUUAUGCUAGUACUUGGAAACUACUUAGUGAGUAAAGAAAUCUUCAUUAUGGAACACGAAUAUUACUUAGGUUUGUCAAUCGCCACUGUUCUUUAUAUUAUUACUACCAGAUUCGGUAAGUUGAUCGGCCAAUCAUUGGAUAAAGGAGUGGAUGCAAUAGCUAAUGAGUAUGAAAAAACAAGGAAUGACGAAAUAGCAGAAUUUAAAAAAAUUGCUUCUGACGCUGCAAUGGCCAAGUGGAGAGCCGAGGGACAAAAAGAGCUGAUGGAUGCUAAAAAAGAAAAUAUAGCUAUGCAGCUUGAAGCAUUUUAUAGGGAGAGGGUAAUGAGUGUUUACCAACAGGUACGGGGUCGUAUGGAAUACCACGUGAAGCGACACAAGACGAUAACUCGGAUUCAUCAAAGGUGGAUGGUUAAAUGGAUUAUGGCUCAAGUUCACAAAUCUAUAACACCUCAACUCAAACAACAGGCGCUUGCCAACGCUAUACAGGAGUUGAAUGCCAUAGCUGCUAAAGUAAAAUAG